AUGGAUGAAUCAGACAUCGAUGACGCCCUUGAUGAUGACUUUAGUGAUCGUUCUUUGACCGAUUUUUCAGUUAGUGGCAGUGAAUAUAUGCCAUCAGAUGAGGAAAGUGAUGUAACAAGUGCAGAGGAGUUGAAUGAAGAAGAUGGCGUUGUUAGUGAUUUAGAUGAAUUGGAAUUGAUGGAAGUAGAUGAGGAAUAUCAAAGGGUUAGAGAGGAGAGUGGAGACGAAGAAGGCAAUAAUAUUGAAAAUGUACUUUGUGUAGUGAAUGCACUAGUACUACAUAACAAGUACUCAUUAAACCAAAAAAAUUGUUGUAUGCUCACUUUCAGAGAAAAAAUACUUCGAAAUCUCCUUGAAGGAGAAAAUGUUGGAGCCCUUGUUCAAACACCCCAAGAUGGCAGGCAAGGUACCAAGAAACUAAAACAUGUGCUCUCAAAGCGUGAAGGGACUGCAAGAGAAACCAGAAAACGGUGUGUCAGCUGCUACAGCAAAAUGAAGGAAGAAAGGGGGGCCAAAGCAGCAAGGACGUACGCAAAACGUGUUUCAACUUACUGCAAAGGGUGCGAUGAGACUCCUACAAUGUGCUUAGAGUGUUUUUAA